CUAGUUCCGUGUAACUGACAGAAAGUCCUGCCUGAAGUUCCUCAGCGUUGAUGGUGAAUAGCCACUGCUGCGGCAACGGACGGAGGCGGAGAAGCCGCAGAAGGAGUAGGCUGUGGCAGAGGACUAAUAGUUCGGAGCCAGUCUUACAGAUUAAACAGUAUUACGUGUAUCACCGGAUCCUAACAAACACCAAAAGGGAAGAGAAGAAUAAGGAAAGAUGGCGGCCGCGGCCUCGCCGGGCUCCGGCUCGUCCACCUCCUCAGACUGGAUUGUACUGAGAGACGGUUGCCUGCGUUGCGACGAGGAGGGCCUGCGAAGCCUCUCUUACCACCCGGCCCUCAACGCUAUCUUGGCCGUUACCAGCCGUGGCAGCAUUAAAGUAAUUGACGGCACUUCGGGGGCAAUUCUCCAGGUUUCGGCGCUGCACGCUAAACCUGGUGGUCGUGUGAGGUGUCAGUACUUUCCUGCAGUGGACAAGGUGCUUUUUGUGAACGACUAUGCAGUAGGAUGCAGGAAGGACCUGAACGGCAUUCUGCUCCUGGACACAGCUCUCCAACCUCCAGUAGCCAAGCCUGAGGACAUGGUUCAACUGGAGCUGCCAGUCACAGAGGCCCAGCAGAUGCUGUCAGCCUGUCAGGAGAAGAUAGACGUAUCCAACACAGAGGGCUACGAGCUCUUUCUCACUCAGCUCAAAGAAGGCCUGAAGAAUACCUCGCAUGAGACGGCAGCCAAUCACAAAGUGGCCAAGUGGGCAACAGUGACCUUCCAUCUCCCCCACCACGUGCUGAAACUGGUGGCUAGCACUAUCGUCAGUGAGCUGAAGAAGAUCAACCAGAAUGUAGCUGCCUUGUCCGUGGCCUCAUCCAUCAUGGACAGGCUCUCCUACCUCUUGUCAAGUGCCAGGCCUGAACUCGGGGUGGGCCCCGGGCGAUCUGUAGAUAGAUCUUUGAUGUACAGUGAAGCCAACAGGAGGGAGACAUUUACAUCAUGGCCACAUGCUGGGUACAGAUGGGCUCAGCCUGAUCCAAUGGCUCAAGCAGGAUUUUACCACCAGCCUGCCUCAACAGGGGAUGACAGAGCCAUGUGUUUCACCUGCAGUGUGUGCCUGGUCUGUUGGGAACCUACAGAUGAGCCCUGGUCUGAACACGAACGACAUUCUCCCAAUUGUCCAUUUGUGAAGGGUGAGCACACACAAAACGUGCCGCUGUCAGUGACACUGGCGACCAGUCCUGCCCAGUUUCCAAACAGCCCUGACAGUUCGGACAAGAUCGCUUGCUGCGGCUUUGGCAGCUGCCCGCAGUUCCUGGCUGCUGCCACCAAGAGGGGCAAAGUCUGCAUCUGGGAUGUCUCCAAAAUGAUGAAGGUGCACUUGAAGUUUGACAUCAAUCCGUACGAUCCAGCCAUCCUGAGGCAGCUGAUCCUGUGUGGUGAUGAGCAGGGCCAGCAGACACUCACCGAGUCUCGGAGACCAACUCUUGCCUGGCUUGAGGAGUCAUCUUCCUGCUCUGACCUGCCCAAACUAGAGGGUGACAGCGAUGACCAGUUGGAGGAUUCAGACAGUGAUGAGCAUUCCCGGUCAGACUCAGUAACAGGCCAGCAGUCCCAAUGGGAGAGCAUGGAUGUGAGCUUAGGGGUGACGGCACUGAGUGUGCUCCAGCAGCCAGAGAAGCUCCAGUGGGAGGUGGUAGCCAGCGUACUGGAGGACACAGUCAAGGACCUGGAGGAGCUGGGUAGCAACCCCUCACUGAACCAAGCCAAGGCCCAUAGCCAGGCCAAAGCAAGGGACAAGGUCCCUGACCACCACAACAUUCCCUUCCCCUGUCUGUUAACUGGAGGCCUGCUCAGCUACCGCUCAGCAUCUAGCACUCCCAAUGCUGGACACCCACCCACAGCCCCAACUACCGCACGCAGGACCACAGAUGGUCCCGUUAGGACUCAGAUCACUGAGCACAUACACCCUGGACCUCUACAGGACCAAGGCCCCAUGGAGAUAGAGACCUGCGACCCUCAGACUUCAGAGCAGGAGCAGGGCUUCACUAACUUAGCAGGACCCCAACCUUCAAGCCCCUCUUCUCUGCCGUCUGUGCGCAGGACUAUACCUAUGCUUCUGCUAUACAGUAUCAGAGAGGUAGAUGACAAGUCAUCGGGCCAGGUCUUUUCUCAAAUAAACAAUCUAAUGAACAAGGGGCUCCACGAGGAGAGCUUCACUGUGCCACAGAUUAUAGAGAUGGAGUUUGACACACACGAGCAACUACUUCUUCAGGAUCCUCCCAUCACUUACAUCCAGCAGUUUGCUGAUGCAGCAAAUAAUCUGGUGGGGUUAGAUGGUCACAUUGACAAAUGGAACACACUGGCUGCUACUAACGUUUCCAGCCCUCCUCGACCUGGCGCGCUAGUGCAGUGCUUAAGGUUGCCCAAACAGCUAGAAGAGGAAAAUCUGUAUGUCGACACUAUCACACCCUGCUGGGAUGGUGUGCACCUUUUGGUCAGCCUGCAGCCAUGUGGCACUGAAUCUUUGAGUGCCACAAACCAGGUGGAGGCUCUCAACAAUCUCAACCGCUUGCACUCUGCCUUGUGCAGCCAGCGCAAAGGAGACCCCCUACAUCCAGUGGCCAAUGGGGUUGAAGGCCACCACCCAGGAGUGUCAUCACCUCAGACACCCCUCAUCCUGCCCCCAGGUGACCAGCAGCAGCCACAGCAGCAGAGGUCCCUGAGUGGUGGGAGUGGAGGCUAUCUUGCACUCUAUAAGCUCAACUAUUCCACACGUAUUGUCACCCUGGACGAGGAACCAAUCAAGGUGCAACAGAUCUGGGACCCUUGUGAUACCAUCACGUCUCUUAUAUUGCUUCCUCCAGAUGUGCUUGACAGCAGGGAGGAUGACGGUGAAGAGGCUCCAGAGGAGGCUCUCCCGUCUGGGUCAAAGCCUAGCUCAUCUGGAUUUGGAAUGAGCCCAGCAGGCACUGUUGGUUCAAAAAUUGGGACUGCAUCUGGAGCAGCCAAACCCACCAGCAGCGCUAAUAUCACUAGUCCCCCGUCCUCUGCCUUGAGCCACAAAGAGUGCAAGGGGUUAGAGGUGGUAGGCCUAGGCCACCUGGUGGUGACCACUAGGGCUGGGUACAUUAUGAUACUGGACCUGUCUACGUUGGAGGUCCUAGCCAAGGUGGAGCCACCAAAGAAGGAGGGGUCAGCAGAGGAGACGGACCCCUUUGUCUCAGUUACCUACUGCUCUGGGACUGACCGCCUUUGUGCCUGUACCAAAGGUGGAGAACUUCAUUUCCUUCAAAUUGGAGGCGUGUGUGAUGAUAUAGAUGAUGGAGACAUGUUUAUUGAUGGUCCCCUUACUAAAGGGGCUGAACUGCUGCUUGAAGGAGCCAAGCCCACCUCAAAUCCCUCUAGCCCUGGGAUCACAGGAGUGGACCUCCUCGUGGACCAACCACUGACCACGGAGAACCUGAUGUUUCUGGUGGAGCUGACACGCUUUGAAACGUUGACUCCCCGCUUCUCGGCCACAGUGCCACCGUGCUGGAUGGAGGUGCAGCAAGAGCAGCAGCAGCGACGCCACCCACAACACCUUCACCAGCAGCACCAUGGCGAUGCAGCCCAACACACCCGCACCUGGAAGCUACAGAGUGAUAGCUCCAGCUGGGAUGAGCACGUGUUUGAGCUAGUGCUACCCAAGGCCUGCAUGGUGGGCCAUGUGGACUUGAAGUUUGUCCUGAAUGCCAACAUCACCAACAUUCCUCAGAUCCAGGUCACUUUAUUGAAGAACAAAGCACCUGGGCUGGGCAAAGUCAGUGAGACCGCAGUAGACAGACAGAUCUCUCUUCCCCUGUCCAGCGUCCUCCAUGCCAAUGGGGAGAGGAACGGCCAAACUCUGCUGCAUGACUUCACAGAGGACAUCCAAUUCAUGGAUAUAGAAGAGACACCAGGGGAUCUGAUUCUAGUCACGGACUCUUCCAGGUCUGAGCAUGGACCUGUCAUGGACCAGUUAGGGCCCCGUCACUGCCUGGUCAUGGAGGAAGUUUUAAACAGGUGUCAUCUUCACCGACCAGCUACCCACAGUUCUGGAAUUGGCUCCAUGCUGUGUCCAUUCCUAGAGGACCACAAGGAAGACAUCCUGUGUGGUCCAGUGUGGCUGGCCGGUGGGCUGGACCUCUCUGGCCAUGCAGGCAUGCUCAGUCUCACCAGCCCCAAGCUGGUCAAAGGCAUGGCAGGAGGGAAGUACCGCUCUUUCCUGGUUCACAUCAAGGCAGUGAGUGACAGGGGUGUAGAGGAGAGCCCCCGGCCUUUGUUAAGAAUGCCCAGUGCCAAGCCUCAGGGCACCAAAGCCCACUCACUGUCUACCCUGCUGCAACGGGCUCAGGCCUCCAAGGAAAAGGUCUCUGCAGUAAAAACAGAAAACCCAGCACCCUCGAAGAAAGUUGAAAACCUGCGAGGCUGUGACCUGCUGCAGGAAGUUUCAGUCACAAUCAGAAGGUUUAAGAAGACGUCAAUACCAAAAGAAAGGGUCCAACGCUGUGCUAUGCUACAGUUCGUAGACUUCCAUGAGAAGCUGCUGGAUGCACUGUGUCGACGGACAGAGGGCAGCCCGGCCACAGAGCACGCCCAAAGCCUCAUCCUAGACAUUUUGUGCUGGUUGGCCGGGGUUUACUCCAACGGACACUGCAGCUUGAAAGAAGGAAAGGAGGGCUUGCUGGUGAAAACCCGGACACGGCUAACAGAUAUUGUGUGGACCUGUUUCUUUGAGGCUGGCCGGAGCAUUGCACACAAAUGUGCUCGCUUUCUUGCACUUUGUAUAAGCAAUGGGAAAGGGGACCCAGGUCAACAGAAUUUUGGCUCAAGUCUUCUAAAGGCACUGCUUGACAACAUGCCUUACUUGCCUGCAGCAGCAACCGGUGGCUCAGUGUUCUGGUACUUUGUGGUACUGAACUAUGUGAAGGAAGAGGACCUUGCAGGCUGCAGUACCACCUGUGCCUCCCUGCUCACCGCCAUCUCUCGACAGCUGCAGGACCGCCUCACCCCGCUGGAAGCACUGCUGCAGACUAGAUACGGUCUGUACAGCUCUCCCUUUGACCCGGUGCUCUUUGAUCUGGAGGUCAGUGGUUCCUCCUGUAAGAAUGCCUUUAACAGCAGCAUCGGAGUCCAGUCAGAUGAGAUUGAUCUUUCUGACAUUCUCUCAGGAAAUGGAAAAGUAAGCAGCUGUGCAGCAGCAGAGGGCAGCUUCACAGCAUUAACAGGACUCCUGGAGGUGGAGCCUUUGCACUUUACUUGUAUCUCCACUAGUGAUGGCACAAGGGUGGAACGAGAUGAUGCCAGCAUGUUCACUGUGAGUACAUUUGGUGUGACGCCUGCAGUGGGCGGCCUGUCGACAGGAAUGGUUGGUGAAGCUUCUACAGCUCUGAGCUCUGCAGCCCAGGUGGCUCUCCAAUCGCUAUCACAUGCAAUGGUGUCUGCAGAGCAGCAGCUGCAGGUCCUGCAGGAGAAACAACAGCAGCUGCUGAAGCUGCAGCAGCAGAAGGCCAAGCUUGAAGCCAAGCUGCAUCAGACCACCUCUGCAGCUGCUGCUGCCUCUGGUGUGGGACCCAUCCACAACUCUGUGCCUUCAAACCCCUCAUCUGCUCCAAGCUUCUUCAUUCACCCCUCUGAUGUUAUCCCCCCAACGCCUAAAACCACGCCCCUAUUUAUGACCCCCCCCCUUACACCACCUAACGAGGCUGUGUCGGCAGCCUUUAGCGCUGAGUUGGCACAUCUGUUCCCUGGCUCUAUGAUGGACCCUGGGCCUGUGAACCUGACUGCACACAAGAGCACACAGAAAACCAAGCCGAGUCCCAUGGGCAGUGGUAUUGCUUUGGCCAUUUCCCAGGCAUCCCACUUCCUGCAGCCUCCUCCACACCAGUCCAUCAUCAUAGAGCGGAUGCACUCUGGAGCUCGUCGCUUUGUCACGCUGGACUUUGGCCGUCCCGUCCUGCUGACUGAUGCCCUGAUCCCGACCUGUGGUGACCUGGCCUCUCUGUCCAUAGACAUAUGGACACUGGGGGAGGAGGUGGAUGGCCGUAGGCUGGUGGUGGCCACAGACAUCAGCACCCACUCCCUCAUUCUGCACGACCUGCUACCACCACCUGUAUGCAGGUUCAUGAAGAUCACUGUCAUUGGACGCUACGGCAGCACUAAUGCACGGGCAAAGAUCCCAAUGGGCUUCUACUACGGCCACACUUACAUCAUGCCUUGGGAGAGUGAGCUUAAGUUAAUGCAUGAUCCUCUGCGAGGAGAGAGCGAAGCAGCCAGUCAGCCAGAUGUGGAUCAGCAUUUGACAAUGAUGGUAGCCCUGCAGGAGGACAUCCAGUGCAGGUACAAUCUAGCUUGCCAUCGCUUGGAGACACUUCUGCAGAACAUCGACCUGCCCCCUCUCAACAGUGCUAACAAUGCCCAGUACUUCUUACGAAAACCAGAUAAGGUGGUGGAGGAGGACCAGCGUGUCUUCUCAGCAUACCAAGACUGCAUCCAGUUGCAGCUGCAACUCAACCUGGCUCACCAUGCUGUCCAGAGGUUGCGUGUGUCAUUCGGCGCAAGCCGCAAGUCGCUCCCUACAGCUAGGUCUCCAGAGAGUCAGGAACUGGUCCACAACUCCUCAACUGAGCAGCUGAGGACCAUCAUCCGAUACCUGUUGGACACACUUCUCAGCCUGCUGCACUCGAACAAUGGCCACUCUGUGCCAUCCGUGCUCCAGAGUACCUUCCAAGCCCAGGCAUGUGAGGAGCUCUUCAAACAUCUUUGCAUCAGUGGUACACCUAAGAUCCGUCUUCACGCUGGUCUACUGUUGGUGCAGCUCUGUGGAGGCGAGCGCUGGUGGGGCCAGUUUCUAUCCAAUGUAUUGCAAGAGCUCUACAACUCAGAGCAACUGCUCAUCUUUCCUCAGGACAGGGUGUUCAUGCUCCUGUCCUGCAUUGGCCAAAGAUCCUUGAGUAACAGCGGCGUGUUGGAGGGACUCCUUAACCUCCUGGACAACUUACUUUCUCCAUUGCAGCAGCCACAAGCUGCAGCUCAGCGGAGGACUGAAGGUAUUUUGGAUAUCCCCAUGAUCAGCUGGGUAGUAAUGUUGGUUUCCAGGCUGUUGGACUAUGUAGCCAGUAUAGAAGAUGAGGCAUCAGGUGGAAAGAAGCACCUUGGAGGAAAAGAGCGGGACAGAGUCUUUACAGGUAUUCAGUGGAGCUUCAUCAAUAACAGCCUUCAGGCUCAGAACUCCAGCAGGUCAGCUAAAGGCAGCAGCAGCCUAGACCGACUUUACUCCCGCAAGAUCCGAAAACAGCUUGUCCACCACAAGCAGCAGUUAAAUCUGUUGAAAGCAAAACAGAAAGCUUUGGUGGAGCAGAUUGAGAAGGAGAAGAUUCAGAGCAACAAAGGCUCCUCCUACAAACUGCUUGUUGAACAGGCCAAGCUCAAACAAGCUACAUCCAAGCAUUUUAAAGACCUGAUCCGUCUGCGGCGAACAGCAGAAUGGCCCCGCUCCACAUUGGAUACUGAGUCCACAACAGCCAAAGAUGUCCCAGAAAUAGAACCUCUGCCCUUUACCUUGUCUCAUGAACGCUGCAUCUCUGUGGUGCAGAAACUAGCCCUCUUCCUACUCUCCAUGGACUUCACUUGCCACGCUGACCUACUGCUCUUUGUCUGCAAGGUCCUUGCUAGGAUAGCCAAUGCCACAAGACCCACAAUCCACCUGUGUGAGGUGAUGUCUGAGCAGCAACUUGAGCGUCUGCUUCUCCUACUGGUGGGGACUGACUUCAACAGGGGGGACAUCUCCUGGGGGGGUGCCUGGGCACAGUAUUCUCUUACAUGUAUGCUGCAGGACAUUUUGGCAGGUGAACUGCUGUCUCCGGGCUCUUUGGACAUCAUGGACGAGGUGACAGUGGGUGAGGAGGCAGGGGCGUCGUCUUCUUCAGCGGGGGCUGAUUCGGAUGACUCGCUGCCCCAGCCAGCACCUGUUCCCUUGGUAGAAAGCAUUGACGAGGCCCUGGUGCCUGACAUCAUCGCAGGUGCUCCACCUCUGUCAUCUUUGGAAAAAGAUAAAGACAUAGACUUUGACUUGCUACAAGACCUGAUGGAUGUUGAUAUUGAUCCUUUAGAUAUUGAUUUGGAAAAAGAUCCACUUGCUGCCAAAGUGUUUAAGCCUAUAAGCAGCACUUGGUAUGACUACUGGGGUGCUGAUUAUGGCACGUAUGGGUACAACCCAUACAUUGGAGGGGUUGGUAUCCCAGUGGCUAAACCUCCAGUUGCUGCUGAGAAGCCUGGGUCACAGGGUCUGUCAGUCUCUGUGUCACAGGCACUGGAUGCACGACUAGAAGUUGGCCUUGAGCAGCAGGCUGAACUGAUGCUCAAAAUGAUGGCAACUUUACAGGCUGACUCUAUUCUACAAGCCCUCACUUCAAGCUCAUCCACAGUGAGCCAGGCCUCCAAUGGGACUGAUGACUCUCUGCUGAGAGCUCUCCAUGGAGGGGGCUCUCCUCCAGGCAGUGGCCUGAUGAUCCAGCCCUCAUCCAUCCCCAUGCUGAGUGCUUGCUUCAACAAGCUCUUCUCCAUGCUGCAGGUCCAUCACGUACAGCUGGAGUCCCUGCUGCAGCUGUGGUUAACACUCAGUCUCAACAUAUGUUCUGGAGGCAGUGAAGAGAGUGGAUCAGACAUCUUCCUGUUUAACGCCAGUCGAGUGCCCACCAUUCCGCUCAACCAAGCAUCCAUCAGCAGUUUUCUAACAGUGCUGGCAUGGUACCCCAGCACCUCCCUGAGAACAUGGUGCCUGGUGCUACACUCUCUCACCCUGAUGACGAACAUGCCAGCCUGCGCCUCCAGCAAUGGAAUCAGCUCUCAGGAAAGCACAGCACAGCAGAUGGUAUCUGAUCCUACCCUGGUUCAUGUUCUGGUGCGCUUCCUGUCUGGCACCAGCACAAAUGCAACAAGCCAGCACAGCUCUCAGGUGGGACCCACUGCCACGCAGGCAAUGCAUGAGUUUUUGAGUCGCCUGCAGGUCCACCUCUCAUCUAGCUGUCCUCAGAUGUUCAGCGAGUUUCUGCUCAAACUCAUGCACAUUCUGUCUACUGAGAGGGGUCCAUUCCAGUCAGGCCAAGGUCCCCUGGAUGCCCAGGUGAAGCUUCUAGAGUUUACUCUAGAGCAAAACUUUGAGGUGGUGUCUGUGGCCACCAUCUCCUCCGUCAUCGAGUCCAUCACGUUCUUGGUUCACCACUACAUCACCUGCUCCGACAAACUGGUUUCCCGCAGUGGCUCGGACAGCUCUGUAGGAGCUCGGGCUUGUUUUGGUGGUCUGUUUGCCAACAUUAUCCGGCCAGGGGACGCAAAGGCUGUCUGUGGAGAGACAACACGUGACCAGCUGAUGUUUGACCUCCUCAAGCUAGUCAAUGUGCUGGUGCAGCUGCCUCUGUCUGGGGACAGAGAGUUCAGUGGGCGGCUGCAGCCGGCCGGCAGCGGAGCAGCUGAUAGCAGUGUGUCAGAUGAGGAGAAGGUCUGUGGCAGCAAAGAAAGUGUGGCUGGUGGAUAUACGUCCAGUCAGAGUCCCCCUGCAGGUGUGGCUGAUCUGGUGCUAGCCAAUCAGCAAAUUAUGAGCCAGAUCUUAUCAGCACUUGGCCAGUGCAACAGCAGUGCCAUGGCCAUGAUCAUAGGAGCCAGCGGUCUCCACCUGACCAAACAUGAAAACUUUCAUGGCGGUCUGGACGCCAUCUCAGUGGGAGAUGGCCUCUUUACCAUCCUCACCACUCUCAGCAAGAGGGCCACCUCAGUCCAGGUCAUGCUGCAGCCUAUCCUCACGUAUAUGGCCUGUGGCUACAUGGGCAGACAGGGGUCUCUGUCCACCUGUCAGCUAUCUGAGCCUCUUCUGUGGUUUAUCCUGCGUGUGUUGGAUACCAGCGAGGCUCUCAAGGCCUUCCAUGACAUGGGUGGUGUGCAGUUGAUCUGUAACAACAUGGUUACCAGCACCCGGGCCAUCGUGAACACAGCCCGAAGCAUGGUGUCCACCAUCAUGAAGUUCUUAGAUUCAGGCCCUGGAAAGGCAACAGAUGGCAACCUGAAAGCCAGAGUGAUGACCUCAGAGCCAGACAAUGCUGAAGGACUCCACAACUUUGCUCCUUUAGGCACCAUCACAUCCAGCAGCCCCACAGCGCAGCCAGCAGAGGUUCUUCUCCAAGCCACGCCACCCCACCGCCGGGCUCGCUCAGCAGCCUGGUCUUACAUCUUCCUGCCAGAGGAGGCCUGGUGUGAUCUCACUAUCCACCUCCCGGCUGCUGUGCUGUUAAAAGAACUCCACAUCCAACCCCACCUCGCCUCUUUAGCUACCUGCCCAUCCUCGAUCUCAGUGGAGAUCAGUGCUGACGGGGUCAACAUGUUGCCGCUCUCCACACCAGUCAUCACAAGCGGCCUGACAUACAUUAGGAUCCAGCUGGUGAAAGCAGAGGUUGCAUCUGCCGUUUGCCUGAGGCUGCACCGGCCUCGUGAUGCCAGCACCCUGGGUCUGUCUCAGAUCAAACUCUUGGGGCUGACGGCGUUCGGUAACACCUCCUCUGCAACCGUCAAUAACCCCUUCCUGCCUUCUGAGGACCAGGUCUCUAAAACUAGCAUCGGGUGGCUGCGUCUUCUCCAUCAUUGCCUGACCCAUGUCAGUGAUCUGGAGGCCAUGAUGGCCAGUGCUGCUGCACCCACCGCUAAUCUGCUGCAGACCUGCGCAGCGUUGCUCAUGUCACCUUACUGUGGCAUGCACUCGCCAAACAUUGAAGCUGUGUUGGUCAAGAUCGGCUUGCAGUCCACUCGCAUAGGACUCAAACUCAUUGACAUUCUGUUGAGGAACUGUGCUGCCUCUGGCACCGACCCUGCAAAUUUGAACAGUCCUUUGCUGUUUGGACGACUUAAUGGCCUCUCCUCAGACUCCACCAUUGACAUUCUGUACCAGCUGGGCACCACACAGGACUCUGGAACCAAAGAUAGGAUCCAGGCUCUACUGCAGUGGGUCCAUGACUCUUCAUGUGUGGCGGCCCACAAGAUGAGCGGCCCUGGAGGAUAUGCCAGCACCAGUGCCGGCUCUUCCUCUGCUUCCUCAAGGGAGUAUGGCCUCCUCAUGCCUUCCCCAUCCCACCUCCACUGUGUGGCAGCCAUCCUAUGGCACAGCUACGAGCUGCCUGUUGAUUACGACCUGCCUGCACUGCUCAACAGAGAGCUCUUUGAGCUGCUGUACAACUGGUCCAUGUCGUUGCCAUGCAACAUUGUGCUGAAGAAAGCUGUGGACAGUCUGCUGUGCUCCAUGUGUCACAUCCACCCCAGCUACUUCUCCCUGCUCAUGUCCUGGAUGGGGAUCAUCACAGUACCCAGUGCUAGUCACUCUGAAGCCUCGCACCACCAUCUCGCCAUGACUGACGAUGGCAAAAAACAGCAGGACGCCAACUCCAAUGCAGCAGGACUUACUGACGAUUCUAAGCAUGCCAGACCCCCCAUUAAUCUGUCAGAGUCCCAGUUAACCACACUGGCAACUGCUUCUCAGUCUCCAGGAGCCAUAGAGCAACUGCUGGACUCAGGCUUACCCUCACUGUUGGUUCGCAGCCUUGCCCAGUUCUGUAUUGGUCUCCUGGCCAGUGCCGAUCUGCCUCUGCCUGCCGCUCAGGCCGAGAGACGCCACCACCAUCACCAUUACCACUCAUCUUCGUCAUUCUUGCACAGUCGGCCACCUCUGGCUGCAGAGUUGGCUGCUCCGGUGCUGCGCUUCCUGACUGAAGUAGGCAACAGUCAUGCCAUGAAAGACUGGUUAGGAGGACCAGAGGUCAAUCCGCUGUGGACGGCACUGCUCUUCCUGUUGUGCCAUUCAAGUUCCAGUGCCAGUGCAGGCUGUCAGCCUCUGGGCUCUAGAUCCACAGCAGGUCCCCCUCCAUCCCAGCCUCAGCCUCCUGGGUCUCGCUUCUCCUUGGCAUCUACUGGGCAGGCAGGAGGGCUGACCACUCAGCAGAGGACAGCUCUGGAAAACGCCACUGUGGCCUUCUUUCUUCAGUGUAUCUCCUGUCACCCAAACAACCAGCGGCUAAUGGCACAGGUUCUCUGCGAGCUCUUCCAGUCAGCCCCCCAGCGAGGCAACGUGCCGGUCUCUGGAAACAUCUCAGGCUUCAUUAGAAGGCUUUUUCUGCAGCUCAUGUUGGAGGAUGAGAAGGUCACAGUAUUCCUACAAUCGCCCUGUCCGUUAUACAAAGGGCGCAUCAAUGCCACCAGCCACAUGAUCCAGCACCCCAUGUAUGGAGCAGGCCACAAGUACCGCACCCUCCAUUUGCCCAUCUCUACAACGCUGGCUGAAGUCCUGGACCGUGUAUCAGACACUCCAAGCAUUACAGCCAAGCUGAUCAAUGAGCAGAAGGAGGACAAGGAAAAGAAGAAUCAUGAGGAGAAGGAAAAGAUGAAAUCAGACAGUGGCUUCCAGGACAACUACAGUGUUGUUGUGGCCUCAGGUUUGAAGUCCCAGUCCAAGAGAGCUCUUUCAACCCCUCCCCGACCUCCCUCAAGGCGGGGUCGAGUGUUGAGUGACAAGUUAACUGCUUCAUCUGGUGUGGAUCCUUCAGCUAAAACAAUCAGUGUGCCUGUCUUCCACCUAUACCACAAGCUGCUUCCAGGUCAACCCCUCCCACCUGAGAUGACUUUGGCCCAGCUACUGACACUCCUGUACGACCGCAAGCUGCCACAGGGCUACCAGUCAAUUAACCUGACAGUCAAACUUGGAUCCAAGGUCAUCUCUGACCCCGGCCUUUCCAAGACAGACUCCUUCAAGAGGCUACGCACUGAGAAAGGUCCUCUCUUUGCUCUCCUUGCAGUGGAUCACUGUGACAUGUUGAACAGCUGUCCUGAAGAUGAACCGAUGACACCAAGUGAAGAAUGUCUGGAUGUCAACACUGAUGAGUCCCUGCUUGAGACCAACCACAUCCAAUCACCGCUGCAGGUCUUUGCAGGCAUGGGCGGCCUGGCCCUCAUUGCAGAGAGGCUGCCCCUGCUCUAUCCUGAUGUCAUUCAGCAGGUCAGUGCCCCAGUGGUGCCUUCUGCCACACAGGAAAAACCCAAGGACAGCGACCAGUUUGAGUGGGUGACGAUAGAGCAGUCAGGUGAGCUGGUAUAUGAGGCACCAGAGUCCAUCGCCGCCGAGCCACCGCCCAUCAACAAACAGCAGUCCCAGUCGUCCUCCUCAUCAUCGGCCUCAGUGCAGACCAUGUCGCCUAUUCCCGCCCAUUCACUGGCAGCUUUUGGCCUGUUCCUACGCCUGCCAGGGUACGCAGAGGUGCUGCUAAAGGAGAGGAAGCAUGCCCAAUGUCUGCUGCGCUUGGUGCUGGGUGUCACAGAUGAUGGAGAAGGCAGUCAUAUCCUGCAGUCUCCAUCAGCCAAUGUGCUGCCCACACUGCCAUUCCACGUCUUGCGCGCAUUGUUCAGCAGCACCCCUCUGACUACUGAUGACGGUGUGCUUCUACGCCGCAUGGCCCUGGAGAUUGGUGCCAUUCACCUCAUCCUGGCCUGCCUGUCAGCUCUCAGCCACCAUGCCCCCCGCAACCCCCACGCCAGCACCAGUGUGUCUGAGCCGCAGAUAUCCAGUUGUCACGUUGGGGGGACCAGUGAUGAGCAGCAGCUGUACUGGGCUAAAGGAACUGGUUUUGGAACUGGAUCAACAGCCUCAGGCUGGGAUGUGGAGCAGGCCCUCACCAAACAACGGCUAGAAGAGGAACAUGUCACCUGUCUACUUCAGGUAUUGGCCAGCUACAUCAACCCAGCAAGCUCCAGUAGUUGCCUCAGUUCUGAUGCCUCUUCAGCGGAUAGCAGAGCCCACAAUAGUUCAGCACUGCCAGCAGUGUUACAGGAGCUGUUGAGUCAGUCCUGUCUCAUCCCUGCCAUGUCCUCGUACCUACGCAACGACUCAGUUCUGGAUAUGGCACGCCAUGUGCCCCUUUAUCGGGCAUUACUGGAGCUGCUGAGGGCUAUUUCCACCUGCACAGCCCUGGUUCCUCUGCUGCUGCCUCUCUCUGGAGACUCGGGUCAGGACGAGGAGGAGGAGGAUGAAGAGCACUCUGAGGGACAGACCUCUGUUGGGAUGCUGCUGGCCAAGAUGAAGACAUGUGUGGACACAUAUACCAAUCGACUUAGGUCAAAGAAAGACAAGAGUAAAGGUGUAAUGAAGACAGACAGCUCGGAUCCAGAGCCUGAAGGUUUGACUCUGCUGGUACCUGACAUCCAGAGGACAGCUGAGAUAGUCUACGCAGCUACUACCAGCUUGCGGCAGGCCAACCAGGAGAGGAAGCUGGUGGAGUCUUCAAGGAAGGUAGCAAGUCGGCCAAAGCCCCUCUCCAUUCUACGCUCUCUAGAGGAAAAAUACGUUGCUGCCAUGAAGAAGCUGCAGUUUGACACCUUUGAAAUGGUCUCAGAGGAUGAGGAUGGAAAAGUGAUGUUCAAGGUCAACUACCACUACAUGUCUCAGGUGAAAAAUGCCAGUGAUACGAAUAGUGCAGCCCGAUCCCGUCGUCUCGCCCAGGAGGCUGUCACCCUGUCCACCUCUUUGCCCUUGUCAUCCUCUUCCAGUGUCUUUGUUCGCUGUGACGAGGAGAGACUGGACAUCAUGAAGGUUCUCAUCACAGGCCCAGCCGACACCCCAUACGCCAAUGGCUGCUUUGAGUUUGAUGUUUAUUUUCCCCAAGACUAUCCCAAUUCACCUCCUCUGGUCAACCUGGAGACCACCGGUGGACACAGUGUGCGCUUUAACCCUAACCUCUACAAUGAUGGCAAAGUAUGUUUAAGUAUCCUCAACACAUGGCAUGGGAGACCAGAGGAGAAAUGGAAUCCACAUACAUCAAGUUUUUUACAGGUGCUAGUGUCAGUGCAGUCUCUCAUUCUGGUAGCGGAGCCCUACUUCAAUGAACCAGGGUAUGAGCGCUCCCGUGGGACCCCCAGUGGCACCCAGAGCUCACGAGAAUAUGAUGGCAACAUUCGGCAGGCUUCCGUCAAAUGGGCCAUGCUGGAACAGAUGCGCAACCCCUCACCAUGCUUCAAAGAGGUGAUCCACAAACACUUCUACCUGAAGCGAACAGAGAUCAUGUGUCAGUGUGAGGAGUGGAUCACUGACAUUCAGCAGUACAGCAGUGACAAGAGGGUUGGCCGCACCAUGUCCCAUCAUGCUGCUGCGCUCAAGAGACACACAGCUCAGCUCAGAGAGGAGCUUCUGAAGCUGCCCUGCCCUGAUGGUCUGGAGCCCAACGGUGAUGAAUUUUCAGAAAGGAGUGCCGCACUCAUCCUCAAAGAGCUGCCCAGUCAGGAUGCAGAGAAACCAGGCAGCAGUCAGGACAACAACUGCAGCGAGGGCCAGCUAUGAGCCCACCAUACCCCCCCGCCCCUCUGAGCAUCUCCAACCCCACCCCCCACCCCUUUAUGAUUAUUAUUCUCAAGAAGACUUGAUGGCUUUGGAGCAAAAGCCUCCAUUUUGUCAAUAUUUGUAUGUAAAGAUCUAAUAGCAGAAUAGCAGAGAAUGAGGGCACAUGGGGAACCAGAUUGCCAUGACAUGAACUGUGCUACGCCCUUAUUGAAAAUAGUUGAUAAAACUUUUAUUUACCUGUAAAAGAGUGUAAACAUUUUGUGCUUUUUUCCAAUUGUGAAAUAACCACUGAUUGGUAUGUUAUUAAACUUGUUUAUGUAAUGGCAGAGGAAAAUUACAGAUUAUAUAAGGGAAACUACCUUUCAAGAAGAAUGUUUACUGAAUGUUAUUUUCCUUUUUGUUUUUUCUUUCUGACUGUUAGUGAGAGAACAGUUCUAACCAAGGAUAUACCAGACAUUCAUUUAGGAUGCUAUUUAAAAACUGAGAGAAAAAGAAGACACACACACAACAGAAUCUGACGUAGAAAGCCCCUCUGUUCAUCCGUUCAUUUGACUUCUCUAGGAUUAUAUUCUCUUGAAUAAAGGCUGAGAUGGACAUUCUGAAAUGCUAUGUUAUCCCUUUUACAGGCUCCGAAUUAAAAAAGCCCCAUGCACUGGAUAUACAUUUGUUGCCUCUCACAACUUGUCCAUGACCAUUUUCCAUUGACAUGACUGUAGAUCAUAAAAGUGUAUGUCAGCCACUUGGGAAAUGUAUUUUGAAGGAUUGUGCAUGUGUAUGUGUGUUUUCUGUGUGUGUGUGCAACAAUCCCCAGUGAGAUACAAAGCUGUGAUGUGCCUUUGAUCUGCAUCAUGCCACCAAAUACUCCAACAGAGUACCUUUACUGAUAACUUUCUUUGCUAUUUCUACAGAAUUAAUUCUGCUCUGCCUGACAUAAAAACUGCUUUAAUCUUCUUUUUUUUAUCAUGUUGAACUCCAGUGAACAAAACAUGCACUUUCUAUUUUACUCACUCCUUAGAACAGUCACAUACUCUUUUUGCUAGGACAUUAAAUGGAGGCUGAAAGUGUG